AUGUUUGUACGGGCGAGAAGCAUAUUCGAAGAGUUGAGUAAAUAUGUGAUGUGCGGUGGGAAAGUGGAUGAUUCACAGUCAAAACAAUUACUCGAUCUUCUGUCCAAUAACAGCUCGUUGCUCACUAAUAUCCUCAAAAAUGCGGGUAAAUCAGCGGCACAUCGCGCCGAGCUGGAGCCGAACAAAAUUGUCAAUCUUCCAAGUGGACAGUCGGUACAGGUUGAUGCUGAUGUGAGGAACGAAGCGCUCAUUAUAUCGGAUAUUUUCAAUUGUGAUGAAUUGGACGCAUUGGAGCUGAUUUCGACCGGUGAAUCACACAGCCAUAAAUUGGGUAAUUGGGCUCGAGGACUGUGUGCAGUUGUUUACUAUUACGACACUCAUCGUGUUCUUAGUGCAGUGACGAAGGUGCUCAUUGAGAUGAAAUAUAGCAAUGGAGUGCAUAUAACACCCGCAAUGUCAACGUUUCUAACACAGUUCUGUACAAAUCCAGCUCUCGCUAAACGUCUAAUCGAAGUUGCACAAAUGAGUGUCGCAUAUGAAAUGCAAAUGCUGCAUCGACCAAACGUGAAUGGUCUUGGUUCGUUGAAACAUCAGGAACUUUUGCGUCAAUUAAUUGAAGAGACAAUAUCAAAUUGUCGUUCUUCAUUAUAUCUGCUGUGUUCAUCGUGGAGCAAUGGAUCGGUACCGCCGUUCCUUGUUGACUUGCUGAAUCCUCUCCGAGAACUGAGACCAACGUCAUCGUUUACAGAUGCGCAUUUAUGCGCUUGGACUGCUUUACUCAUGCUUAUUCCACCACAGAACACACGUAACGCAACAUCAUCAGUCGUUAUAUUAAGCGCUCUUCAAAAAGAAUUCAAAGGUGCAUGGUCAGAUUUAUGCUUACUUUCUUCGUUACAAUUGGCUUGUGUUGUUUCGUGUGCUUGGGUCAACGCGAAUUGUUCACUCUCGCAAGGCGAUGAAUACCGAUUACCUGAUGAAGAUGAACUGUCAAAACAAUUAAAAAAGGCUCUGAAUGCAAUGGCAUUACCGUUUUUACGCUGCAGUAUCAUUAAAGCUCCUGGUUUUCGAGACGACCCCACCACUUUUCGUGUUCUCGAUACCAUCGUGAAACUUCUCAUCGUACAUUUUUCGGAUAAAUUGGUUAUGCUACGACGUGCUUGUGAAGAUGAGUUGGCAGGCAUGGAGGUAACGUUGACGCGUGGUAUACUACCUGAUUCACCGUUACAUUUCGAAAAGUUUCUUAGACUCAUUGCUGAUUUGUACGAUAAUGAUUCGCCGUUUACUGCGACUGCCGCUUCACAGUUCUUAUCGAUCGAAAAUCCAGCGCUAAGUAAGUUUUUACGAGGUUGUAAGGAAAUAAUAUCACCAGUGUUGCAAAUCACUUGCCUGGACAUGUUAAAGAAUUUGUGUAGAGGUCGAGAGAUGGCCAGCUUUAUAUUCAGAAUUAUGUGCACUUCUCACAGAGGAACAUCUGAUAUGAUGUCGUUCAACCAUUUCUGCUGGGCAAUACGUGGUUAUUUGGAAACGUUCAAACGACAGAAGCUCUCAUCAGAGGGUGGAGCAUUCAAGAAGAAAUUUGAAAUGGAUCAGCAACUUGUACAAGAAGAAGUGGCUGGACUCAUUGCAUGGACCCAACUAGCUGCUGCUGUUGCACUUCAUGACCCUUACGCAAGUCGUCAGUUUGCAUCCGAUAGUAUGCUUUUGGUGAACGGAAUGAUUGGUAUGUUAGCCACAUCGAUACCGUUAGUGGUCAAAGGAGCCUUCUAUCGUUUUCUAGCCGUUCUAGCUCGAGAUGGCAUGGUUGCCGAGAAAAUUUGGGUUCUUCUCAAGAAUUAUUCUGUGCUUAGUGUUGCAUCCGAUGGCAAGCUUUUGGGCAUUCAACAAGAACUGGAAGAACGUGAAUGUUCGUUGAGAAAAUACGACUCAACUUUAGGCUUUCUUCAUCUUUUGAGAGCGUUAAUGCUACAUCCAGUGAAAACUUUCGACGACGGUCACGUUUUACCUUACAUACGAUUCGUCACCAAGUCCAUCAUCUCUCAGUUUCUUUAUCGUUCAUACGAAAACGAAGAGCAGAUGUGGGAGUUGUGCAUGGUUUCAUGUGAUGCACUCUGUAAUUUGCUGAAAUAUUACGUCGUGACGGAUGCCUCUCUGCUGAAUGCACACCCUCAAAUAGCAGCUGUGCUGGUGAGGGGAUCGAUUCAAUUCGAAAAUUAUGUGGCACACCGAUAUGAACCACUAGAGGCAUGCUGCUUAUCGGUAUUACGAUUGUUGUAUACGUGUGCAUCACAACAUGCCAUUUUGAGUGAGGCGAUUCGUUCAAGUAAAUCAAACGUGAUCAUCGCAUCACUCGAUUCACUCUUACUCGACAGAUUAUCCGCUGAUUCCGAAGGCACUUAUAUGGCUGCAAUUGCAUCGUUUAUUAUGCAGAGCGAGCAUCUGCCAUUGCACUCUUUUUGGGCGGCAAAAAUCUUACGAGAACUGUCCGCUUCACGACCAACUCUACAAACCGAAAUCACGUAUUGUUUGAUGCCACUGGGAAAUUGUUUCAUAGAGGAGUGCGCGAAGAUAACAUCACCUGGAAUGAAAUCUUUGAACGUUUCAACACUCGACGCACCAGUGCUUUACGAUAUUGAGACGUUACCGGUGUCGCGCAUUCACGGUGAAAUUGCGCGAAUUCUAAUCGAAAUUUGUACAACAUCGAUUGAAAUGGAUCCUAACAAUGCAAAUUUGGGUUAUUUCCUCUGUGGUUUCAAUAUGACUAAUCUGCUUGGCACUCGACUCGAAAAUCCGGGAAUAAAUGGAACAACGCGCACUUGUCUACACAGUGUCGUUGAUGCGCUUCAAAUGCUCAUCAGCACUGAACGGCCGUAUAAUCUUUCCUAUUCUGCUCUCUUCGAACCUAUGCUACGAUUCUUGUUACGAUUAGUGUCAGCAAAUGAGUCGUAUGGUGAAUUGGUAUUGCGUUUCUUGCGAUCCAACAACGAUCUGAUGUUCAGUUUACUUGCAUGCGAUGCUGUCAGCUCAUGUGAUCUUUCGACAAAUGAUGAAGAAGAGAGUAUUGUUAUGAAUAACACAAAACGAAUGAUCCAAGGAUACGUGCUUCAUUUAAAUGCCAUCGAGUUACAUUCUCUACUUAAAAUUCGUCAUUACAGUCAACCGGCACGUUUAUAUAGCUUGUUGCUGUCACGAUCAAACGUCGAUGGAACAGCGCAACAAGAAAUCACGUCGGAUGCGAGCAAUGGUCAUACUAGAUCUGAUCAAGUUCAACGACGAUUAACUUCGUCUCCAGUUGAUUCGGAAACUGUUGUGCCAUUAGUGCAACCACAGUCUUUAUCAUCAAUUGAGCCAGUCGUUAGCAAUUAUCUAUUGAACUCUCGAACUUCAUCAAGCUCUGCCCAACUAACAGCCUCGUCGACUUCGAUCACCGACUUUACUGAAUGUGAUCCUACAGAUAUUGCACAACCUUCUUGUCCGCCAAUAAAUGUCGACAAAAGUGUGACAAGCACAGGCUACUUCAUUCAGAUAGCAUCGUUGUGCGAUCGAGUGACAGCAUCAGAUGUGUUGCAAUGUGACAUUGAAAGAAUGCAUUGGUUGCUGCAGCGAGAAGCGUUAUCGGUAAUUGGCGAGAUGCAACAGGAAGGCAUUGAUACCAUCGCUCAGGAAGUGCACGAAAUCCUUCGUUAUUGUGUCGCCUAUAAUCUGCUACGAGGUGCGAGCGCCUCUUCAUUACAGCUCCUUUCUGGUUGGCUUUCUAUCGUGAACGUAAUGGCUGCAUUCGUUCCUGUUCCAUUCAUCGCUAUGGGUAUAUUGACAAAUGCAGCAUGCUAUUUGUAUGAGAAGUCAUCUCGAGACAAACGUUCAUUGAGACAUUCUGUAGCACAAAUGCUGGUUGAAAUGAUCCGUUGUGUCAUUCGUCCAGGAAGCCUUCCGUAUCAAAAUAGGCGCAACAUAUACUUGUGUAUUCUUCGUCUGUUGACUUCUGUUGCAAAGAGUUCGUCUUCAAAAGAAGAUACGUCUGGACAUGGGCAAGAGAACUCUUUCGAUAUGCUGGAAAUUGAUGAACCUAGAGCUGAUCCAAUCAGAGCGGUUGUUAAUUUAUAUGCUUACGAAUUGGUGAAGUUGGUCAAGGACGAUUUGUGUUGCUCAUCUUUCGAUCUCAAGGUUAUGUCAUUGCUAUGUGUUGCUCGUUUGCUACGCGAAGAUUUGUUAGGAUCGCAGACUUUAGCACACUUGUUUUUGCGUAAUGGUCUUUUACGUUGUGUGCUUGAAUCCAUCACUAAAACUUGCGUUUCUGGUACUCAAAAGACUACUGAAAUACGCUUCUUGGAGCAUCUGAAAGCUGUUCUUAUAUUAUUCAUACCGUUAGCAAUCUGUGAAAGUGGUUGGAAAGGGUUGUUCGAAGAACAUGGACUAGAGAUAUUGGCCGCACUUCCGCAUUGGAAAACUCCACCGAAACAAAUUUUCAUCGAUGGGAAAGGAAACGAUCCUAUCGCUGAACUCUUUUUGGAAGUUGUUCAAUUGAAAAUCGAACUGUGUCUUGCAGUCUGUGCGAAUUCACGUUGGCGCUGCAUCUGUGAUAAGGUGAGUCGAUCGCUUACCGGAUUUUAUGGUGCUCUUUCGAAAUCUGAUUUCAAAUUCAUCGUCUAUUUCCAGGCAUUAUGUCUGGUAUCGUGUAGCACAGAACUGCUGAGUCAUUUGAUGCGAAGCGAUCCGUAUUGCUCACUGAUCCAAACUUGCGCUAUGUUUAUCUCCCGUGUUUAUGAAGCUGAAGAACAAUCGAGAGAUUUCAUUCGAAGAUCAACCUGUCUUGAUGCGAUUCGUUCAGUACCGCUUGACAAAACAUUGGUCGAUCAGCAGUCUUCGUGCAAAACUGUUCAACCAUCUUUCAACACUCCUCGCAGACUUUUUAACACCGAACCAGAUUGCGCUUAG